AUGUAUCUCAUUGACACCACUUCGUACGCACUCAUACAUGUCGAGCAAGAUCUCGAUGAAAAGCCCGAAUACGCCAUUCUUUCACAUCGCUGGGUCAAGCAUGAGAUUAUUUACAAAACAUACCAACAAGCACUGAUGAAUGACCCUAACUUCGGUAAACCAGGGUCAGACCAGGAGGCGAGCGUGCGCAAGAUCAGAGGUGCAUGCACAGUGGCGAAGCAGCGGUCUCUCAAGUACAUCUGGAUUGAUAAUUGCUGCAUCGACAAAUCGAGCAGCGAAGAGCUGAGGACGGCACUCAAUUCCAUGUUUGCUUGGUACCAUGAGGCCGCCAUCUGCCUGACGUACCUUGGCGACGUUACGUACUCCUCGUCUGGAAACGGCACCUUCUCUCGAGACGAGGUUAGCGGGAAAAAGGGUCAUCAACCAUCGGAAUGGUUCGAACGUGGCUGGACACUUCAGGAGCUUCUGGCUCCACGCUCAAUGCAAUUCUACGACCGCUCGUGGCAGCCUAUGGGCUCCAGGAACAGUCUAGCCGACUCCGUCAGUAACAUUACCGGGAUCUCCCGCGACUACCUCCAGGACAGAGGAAGUGAAGCUUUGACAUUCCGCUCGGCAUCGAUCGCGACAAGACUGAGCUGGAUGGCGGGACGAACCACGCGAGAUGUAGAGGAUAUUGCUUACAGCAUGCUAGGUAUUCUAGACGUCAACAUGGUUCCGAUGUAUGGCGAAGGUGCGGAAGCAUUUUCAAGAUUGCAAGAGACUGUCAUGACGAGUCCACAUGCCUUCGACGAGUCGCUCUUUGCCUGGCGAUUGCCAGUCCAAGGUAAACUGGACUGCUAUAGAACAUCAGCGGUACUAGAAUCCGGUGCACUUGGUUUAUUGGCACCAUCGCCCGAUUGCUUCAGGCGGAACAUGAACGGCGAAGAACACGAGGAGAUAUGCAUCCAGCACAAAGACGUCAUGCGGAGACUUGGCAAUGGUUUCACGAAGACCCAUCAAGGCAUCAACUUUGCGCUUCCGCUCAAAGAAAUGAAAAGCAGGAUGACAGGUCGCGAUAAAAAGGAAAUCAGCCUGCCGCUUAAUUGCUGGAUCGGGGGCAAUAACGUGGUUCUUGAGCUGGUCAGGGAUUCGGGAGGCUUUUGGCGACGCACACAAGGCGAGCGUCUCCAGCCGAAGAAAGGGGCGAAGGUUGGUGACAACAAAACGUUCGGGAUAGAUCAAGGGUCAGCUCUGCUUGGACAGGUCACAGUGAUGCAGCCUCGUUUGCGGCUGAGGUAG